AUGCAGUUCCAGGUGGUGCCGCAUGGCGCGCGCCCCCUGGCGACGGCGGAGACGCUGUGCGCAAUGACGCGCGCGGAGCUGGUGGCGGAACUGCGGAGCCUGCAGGCGGACCACGAGAAGUACCGGCAGGAAGGUAUGGUGUGGUUCAUGGUAGUGGCGUUCCAAAAGGAUCUGCUGGCGUCGGUGGGGCAGUCCGUCAUCUGCACGGACCUCGCAGGCACCAUCACCUACUGGAACAAGGCAGCGGAGGCGAUGUACGGGUGGCGGGAGGAGGAGGCGGUGGGGCGGAGCAUAAUCGAGGUCACCCCCGCCGACACCACGGUGCAGCAGGCGGGGGAGAUCUUCGCCGCGCUCACCCGCGGGGACGUGUGGCGCGGCGAGUUCCUCGUGCGGCGCCGCGAUGGCUCGCCCUUCCACGCCAUGGUCACCGACACUCCCAUCCUCGACUCCGAAGGGAAACUCGUCGGCGUGAUCGGCGUCUCAGCCGACAUAAGUGACCUGAAGCGCAAAGAAGGGGAGAUUCGCGCGCUGAAUGCGGCCUUGGAGCAGCGUGUGGAGGAGAGAACGGAGCAGCUGAUGCGGUCCAAUGAGGCGCUGAAAUCGGAGAUUGAGCAGCACCUAAGAGCGCAGGACCACCUGCGGCGCUGCAUCCGGGACCUGGAGGCGUCGCGGGAUAAGAUCUCGCAGCAGUCGACCGCGCUGGAGCGGCUGGUGGGCCAGCUGAGAGAGGCACGCGUGGAGGCCGAGUCGGCGAAUCGGCUCAAGAGCCGGUUCCUGGCGUCCAUGAGCCAUGAGAUCCGCACUCCCAUGAAUGGGGUUCUUGGCAUGACACGGCUGCUGCUAUCGACACCACUACAGGAGGAGCAGAGGCAGUUUGUGGACACCAUCCGGAGCAGCGGGGAUGCACUGCUCACCAUCCUCAACGACAUCCUCGACCUCUCCAAGAUCGAGGCGGGGGAGCUGGAGCUCGAGCACCGCGACUUUGACCUCUGCCGCUGCCUCGAGGACGCCGUCUCCCUGCUUGCUAUCCGAGCCAUGGAAAAAGGUGUGGCUGUGGUGAGCUUUGUGGAGCCCAAUGUGCCCCGGGUGGUCAGAAGCGACUCCGCGAGACUCAGACAGAUUCUUGUGAACCUGAUAUCGAACGCCAUUAAGUUCACAGAGAGGGGCGAGGUGGAGGUCACUGUCUCUGCCACCCGGCUGCCUGGGAGCUCCGAGCAGCACAUGCCAGAGCUGCUGAAAGAGACUGCGAAGCAACAAACAGAUGGAGGCAGGGGAGACAUGCGCAUGGAAGGCAGCAGGGGAGGCAUGCACGAGGAAGAACAAGAACAGGAUGAGGCAAAGGAGGAGGGACUUAGUGGUAUGAGCAAGGGCGGAGAUAUGAGUCCUGGGGAUGGGAGUGGGGAGUCUGCACACAGUGGUUUUGCAGUGUGGGGCAAGGCGCUGAGUAGCAGGAGGAGGUGGAGAGGGGAGGAGACGCAGGGCAUGGAGAGGCAUGGCGUGCACUGCAUUGCAGUGAGUGUGCGGGACACUGGAAUCGGCAUUCCCAAGGAGCGAAUGAAGCGCCUGUUCAAGCCGUUCAGCCAGGUGGAUGCGAGCAUGACGCGCAAGUACGGAGGCACAGGGCUGGGCCUGGCGAUAUCACACCAGCUGGUGGGCAUGCUGGGAGGGCGCAUCUGGGCAGAGAGCGACGGGCAGGGGCGCGGGUCUACCUUCAGGUUCUACAUCACAGCGCCCGCCCUGCCCUUUGACCUCCACACUCCUGUUGAGGCGCAGCAGAAGUCGCCUGCUCCUCCUGCUUCUGCUGCUGCUGCUUCGCUUGGUCUGCUGUCCCAAGGAUAUGAAGCUGAUGCUGCUACUGCUGCUUCGUCUGCUGUCCCUGCUCUUCAUCCAUCUCUUCCUUCACCUGCUGCCGCUGCUGCUUCAGCUGUUCCGCUUACGUCUGCUGCGGCUGCUGGCCUGUUGCGAAAGCGCAAGAGGGAAGUCGAGCCGCUUGUAGCUGCAGCAGUCACGCAAGGGCCAAGUCAAGGCAAGCGAUAUGCAGCCGCUGCCUGUUGCUGCAGCUCUUCCUGCCAGUGCUGCUGCUGCUGCUGCUGCUGCUGCUGCUGGAAGGAUGGGGCUUUGACUAGUGAAGGGGAGACACUGAGGAACACAGAGGGCGAGAGCGGGAGGGCAGCAGAUAUAGGCAGUGGAAGACAGGAUGGUAACUGCGCCAGUCAAACCCGUUGUAGCAGCAGUGGUGGUCGCAGCGGUUGCAGGGGUGGAGGGGAGGGGUGCGCUCCUCUAGGGGGGCGGAUGGAGAGGAGGAAAGGUGGAACAGAAGAGGAGCGAGGGGACCCAGGUGAAACGGCGACGGGAGAUGUGAGGAGUGAGGAGGAGGUUUUGGUGAGGGGAAGGGAGAGUGACAGGUGGGAGGGAGUGGGGGAGGGAGUGGGGGAGGGAGAGGGGGAGGGAGUCUGUGAGGGAGUGUGUGAGGGAGUGAGUGAGGGAGUGAGUGAGGUGGAAGCAGCAGUUUCUGGUUGGGAGAGAGCGAGGAGGAGAGCAGAGGGGAGGAGCGCACUGGUGGUGCUGCCCCAUGCAAGCACUCGGCGAAUGGUGUGCCGACACCUGGCAUCCCUUGGGUUUAGAGUGGGUGAGGCGAGCAGUGGGGAGGAGGCGGAUCGGGUGAUAGAGGAAGGUGUGCGGGUGCUGGGGGAAGGGUGUGGUGUCAUGAGUGGGGAGGAAGGGAGACGCGGUGGCAGUGGUGGGGAUGAGGGUCGCACAGAAAGGAGGGAAUUUGUGCUCUCUCUCGUAUCCUCGUCGCUACCCUCGUCACUACCCUUCUUCUCUCCCCGCCUCCUCUCGCUCCCUCUUCUCGCCUCCCCUCACUCCCCACUCGCUCCCCUCACGGACGCUCCACCAGAGGACUGGCUCGUGCAAAGAGCGCGGGGACGGGCGGCAGCAAAAGCAUGUGUGGAUGCAGCAGGGUUCCAGUCAGGGCUGGCGCAGCAGCACCCUCUCAAGAUUCUCCUCGCCGAGGACAAUCUGGUGAAUCAGAAGGUGGCAACCAAGAUGCUGGGGCGCAUGGGUUACACAUGCCACGUGGCAGUCAACGGGGCGGAGGUGCUCCAGGCGCUGCAGAAAGACUCCUUUGACCUCGUCUUCAUGGACGUUCAGAUGCCAGUGAUGGAUGGAAUCGAGGCAACGCAGCGCAUAACGCAGAUGUGGCCGCCAAGCCAGAGGCCCAAGAUAUUUGCAAUGACAGCCAAUGUGCUCGAAACUGACCGUGCCAUGUGCAUGCAGGCGGGCAUGGAUGGCUUCAUUUCCAAGCCUGUCAGCGUGCACGAGCUGGUGCGAGCCGUCGAGUUCUCCAGCCCUGCUAAGAGGUGA